UGCGUGCUUUGUUGAUUUCUCUUGAUUUACCAAACAAAAAUUAAUAAUUUCUUUCUUUUUCUGCCAUAAAAAUAUAUUCGGAUUUAUUUCAAGGCAGCAGUAAACAUGAGUAUGGAUACCACAAACAAUGAGACUAGUAAACCUGUUCGGAAAUACUACGAUCGUACCAAAUCUGACGACUUGCAAAUCUCUCGAACUGAUAUGAAUAUGCUGAUUAUGAAUUAUUUAGUAACAGAGGGUUUCAAAGAAGCUGCACUGAAGUUUCAACAGGAAGCUGGGUUACAGGAGCCAGCAUUAUGUAGCUCAUUAGACGAGCGCAUUAUGAUCAGGGAGGCUGUACAGAGUGGGCGCAUCCCGGAAGCUAUAUCCAUGGUCAACGCUCUACACCCAGAACUGUUGGACAAUGAUAGAUACUUGUACUUCCAUCUUCAGCAAUUGCAAUUAUUGGAGCUGAUAAGAGCAGGACGGGCAGAGGAGGCCCUGGCCUUUGCUAGUGCUACAUUAGCUGAGGCCGGGGCCAACGACCGCAAUGCUCUGACGGAGCUGGAGAGGUCACUGGCGCUCUUGGCCUUCCCUGAUCCACAUUCAUCACCAUUUGCUGACCUGCUGCUCCCAUCUCACAGUCAGAAAAUUGCAAGUGAACUGAAUGCUGCCAUUUUGAAGAUGGAGAAUCAGGAGUACACAAACCCUAAGCUGUGUAGUUUGUUGCGUAUGAUAUUGUGGUCCCAGAGCGAGCUCGACAAGCAUAAUAUUAAGUACCCAAAGAUGACAGACCUCGCUAAUGCCACCAUUGAACAACCAAAAUGAAAGUCGGUCACAUUCGAUAAAAAUUACUACUCUGAUGAUUGAAUUACAGAUAGUAUAAACAUAAUUUAAUAAUAUUAAUAUUUAAAAUAAGUAGUUUAUUUCAGUGACAAAUGUAAGGGCAGAAUUUAUAAAUUACAAUAAAAUGUCAUAAGUA